UAUAACCAUACGUCAUACGUACGCUCCUGCUGAACGCUGUUAGCUGAGUGGCUAUUCUCCGUUUCUUGCUGCUGUUGCUCCCUGCGGGGACACCGGCCACAAAUACCAGCAAACUUGUUCAGAAAAACCGUAAACAUCCUCCAGGAGCACCUGUGUGUCUGUGUCGGACCGUAGCCAUGGCUCUGCAAGGCCCGGAGGAGCUGGGGGAGCAGGUCGAAGAGCCGGAGGAUUUGGACGACCAGGACGCUAGCAGCAUCUCCCCGGCCGAAGAGAUAACGCUGCCCCCCGGGCCCGGAGGCGACGAGGAGACGGAGGAGGCUGUCCUGCUGCCGUGGGACCGCUUCUCCGCCUGGCUGCACUGCAUCUGCGUGGUCGGCUUCGACCUGGAGCUGGGGCAGGCGGUGGAGGUCAUUUAUCCUCAUCAUUCCAAACUGUCAGAGAAAGAGAAAACAAGCAUCUGCUACCUUUCCUUCCCUGACUCUAACUCAGGUUGCCUUGGAGACACACAGUUCUGCUUCCGCUUCCGUCAGGGUUCCAACAAAAAGUCUUCACUCGGCAGCUUCCUGGAAACCAGCGACCGAGACGCACCACCCUGCCUGAAGAGGGAACAGGGUCAUUACUACGGUUACGUGUACUUCCGUCAAGUGCGAGACAAAACUCUGAAGAGAGGAUACUUCCAGAAGUCUCUGGUCCUGAUCAGUAAGCUGCCCUAUGUGACCUUCUUCCACUCGCUGCUGAAGAUCAUGGCUCCAGAAUACUUUGAGAAACAGGAGCCCUGCCUGGAGGCCGCCUGUAAUGACAUUGACCGCUGGCCGACGCCUCACCCUGGACGGAUCCUCACGCUGCCCAUUAUGGGUGUGGUCAUCAAGGUUCGCAUCCCAACCUGUUACGACAAACCAGGAACUUCACAGCUGGUCCAGUCCGCCCAGAGUGACAGUCUGGUGUCCAUCGUCCUCCCGACCAUCCAUGAAGUCGACCUGUUCAGGUGUUUCUACCCGGUGUUCUUCCACAUCCAGAUGCUGUGGGAGUUGGUGUUGCUAGGGGAGGCGCUUGUCGUCAUGGCGCCGUCUCCAGCAGAGUCAUCGGACACUGUGCUGGCGCUGGUCAGCUGUAUUUCUCCACUGCGCUACUGCAGUGACUUCCGGCCAUACUUCACCAUCCAUGACAGCGAGUUUAAGGAGUACACCACCAGGACUCAGGCUCCGCCGUCAGUCAUUCUGGGAGUCACUAAUCCCUUCUUUGCCAAAACUCUGCAGCACUGGCCGCACAUCAUCCGCAUUGGAGACAUGAAGCAAGCAGGAGAAAUGGCCAAACAAAUGAAAGUCAAGAAGCUGAAGAACCUCAAAACUCUUGACUCUAAACCUGGUGUGUACACUGCAUACAAGCCGUAUUUGAACAAAGAUGAAGAAAUCAUCAAACAGCUUCAGAAGGGUGUUCAACAGAAGAGGCCCUCAGCAGCUCAAAAUGCAAUCCUUCGACGCUACUUCUUAGAACUGACACAGAGCUUCAUCAUUCCACUGGAGCGGUACGUGGCCAGUCUCAUGCCUCUCCAGAAGUCCAUCAGCCCCUGGAAGAGUCCUCCUCAGCUACGACCGUUCAUUCAGCAGGACUUCAUGAAGACGCUGGAGAAAGCUGGCCCUCAGCUCACAUCCAGACUGAAAGGAGACUGGAUUGGACUCUACAGGCAUUUCCUCAAGUCUCCCAACUUUGACGGCUGGUUCCGCAACAGGAGGAGAGAGAUGACCCAGAAGCUAGAAGCCCUGCACCUGGAGGCGCUGUGUGAGGAGGAUCUGCAGCAGAGAAUCCAGAGACACACAGAGGUGGAGACAGUUGAUCUGGUUCUGAAGCUGAAGGAUAAACUGAGUCAGGCGGAGAGGGAGCAGCUGCCGGUGCGUCCAGGAACCCUCCCCAAACUGAGAGCCCACAUCCAGUCCAUCAUCCAGACCUUACCAGAGGACCUGCAGGGCAUCCUCCACAAGCCCUCCACACCCUGACUGAGGUGAACCCCAGCAGGACCUGAAGUCUGGAGCAGGAGGAGGUCUCCUCCCAGUUGUUUCCUUCUGACUGGACUGAGUGGAACAUGGAAAGCACAUCCAGCUUCGGUUCUGUCGGAUUCUUCCUGCACUGUGGCAGCUCGGUGGGAGUUUAAAACAACCAGCCCAACUGAAUCAGAGCUGCCUGACAUGAACUCUCCUGAAACGGUAUUAAAGAUGGCAUCACACAGACGUUGGAGCCCGUGGAGACCGGCCUGCUACAACAUCAAACUAAAACAUCAGUAAGACGGCUGCUGGUCUUUGGCCCGCAGCAUUUUUACCUCUACCUUUUGGAGUUUUUCAUCCAUUUUUAAAAACUGUUUUUAAAAGAAGUGCACUUCAUCAUUAACUGGACCAGUGUGCCCAACACACACACACACACACACACACACACACACACACACACACACACACACACACACACACACACACACACAGUCUAUUAUGCAAACAAACUGAACAGAGCAGAGCCAAGCAGUGCUUUAUAGUGAAACGUUACUAAAACACACUCAGCAUUAUGCACCAGCGACCCUCUGAUACCUGUUCUCUCUGCUGUGGGACAGUCAGCCAAUCACAUCUCUGCAUUCAUGUCACAUGACCUGUAUGUAGCCCAUCACAGCAGCCUGGGGAAACCUUCAGAAUGGUGUUAAAUGUUCAGGAAUCUAGACGUGUUGUGGCGUUCUAUUUGUGCUUUUCUGCAGACUGAAUCAAAACCUGAAUUUUUUCUGUUUUCAUUGGAAAUGAAUCAUUAUGAGCUUUGGCCCCCAACAGAGAGGACAGUUGGAGACGUUAAAAACUGUCAGAUAUUAAGUCUAAAUGAUGAUGGUGAUUUAAAACUUGGUCUUUUUAAGGGAAAAUUAUGAAACAUGUAAAAUUAUGACAUUUUCUGUUUAUAUAUUUGACAAAACAUCAGCCAGAAUUCUGAGAUAGUGAGAAAAUGAUGUUGAUAGUGAAAUAUUAAGACAGGAUUAGGUUAGGUUCAUCUGUUCUUUGUGUGUCAUGGUGAACGUGAGCUUCUAGCGUCGCUCCAGCAGGGACACAACAGAAAUGGAAUGACUAAAUUCAGUGUAAAACUAACCUGACUGACGGAGUUCUGGUUCUGAGUCAUGGAGAAUUUUUUAUGCCUAAAUGUAUUCUGUGCUGUGAGGAGCUGCUGCAUAUUUCACCUAAACUAAACCACUGCUGAAGCCACAUUCAUACCUGCAGACCAACACAAGCUGGUCUAAAGCCAGCCCUGUGGACAGGUGGAUGCCUAAAGUAAUGUAUCUCACAGCUGGCCUGAAUGUAAUAUCUGCUCUGGGUAAACACACCGACUAAAUUCUGUUGCCUGACAAAACCAUUGUAAAUGAGCCUUAAAGUCUUACCGAGGCGUUUAUUUCAGCUCACUUCUCUUUUAGUGAUGCGACAAACGCUGCUGCAGUAUUUAUUCAGCAUUGCAGUGUAAUUCUAACGUACAUAUCAAACGUUACUUUUCGCUGUUUUUCUACGUUACAAACCAAAUUAUUUUGUCAAGUAUGGAAACCAGUGAAAAGCAUCAGCAAUGAUAUACAUGAUCGUAUAAUUUUCUCUUUUUAGCAUCAUUUUGACUCCAUUUCUCACAACUUUUGUCCUUCUUUUGGUAAAAAUUCUUGACUAAUUCUGUGACUUAAAAUUCACAUUUUCACGUUUGUUUAUUGAGGUUUUGAUUUGAGUUGUGAACAUCAAAUAAUACUGACUUUGUUUCUCAAAAUUUUCAUUUGGGAAAUUAACACUGAAAAAAUGCCACUAUGUUGAACUGGUAAACUGAGUGAAUCCUGUAGUUUUGUUUUUACACAGUUCAUAAAAAUCUAGACCAAAUUUUGAAGCUAAAAAGUUUUAUUUUCUGUAUUUUGUACAUUUUUCUUUUUCUUGUUUUAAUGGGUUUCCAUAGAUAAUAAUUAGGUGUCAUAUUUCUGGUGAUUAUUAAGCUCAUGUUAGUCCUUCACACCUGCAUGAAGGAAACUAAAAGUCCCACAGCUAGCGGCCCACUGAACCCAUCAGAGGCUGUAUGUUCCAGCCAGUGCUUGGAGGAGAGGGGAGGUCAUGAUGACUGAACUGGACUGGUGAACUGUAAAACACUACAGCUUGCUUUGUUGCAACUCAUUGGAGCUUCUUUCUAUGAUUGAUGCCUUACAGCAAAGAGAGCAGAACCAGACGGCAGGAUUGAUUCGUAUGAAGACAAGAGAACAGUGCUUUUUAGGCUUUUAGGUUUGUUUUCGACACUAAAUCUACUCUGAGGAAGAUGCUAAAGAGGGCGCUGAGCUGGUGGCCCAAAUGGUUUUCAGUGUCUUCUGAUGAACAAGCAGAUUAGACAGUAAAUGAUAAACUCUAACUAAAUGUUUAGACCUGAACAGUCGUCAAACCCAACAAACCAAAGCCAGGCUGUCAGAACAUCGCUGCGCUGCAUGUGUUGCCCGACGUCAACAAUUUUUCACCUAAAAAUAAGUUUUUGUGUUGAUAUUUCUGUCAGUGGAGCUGCAAGAUCAAAUCCUUUUCAGCAAACAGUAACUAACCCUCUGAACUCCAGUCUCAGUUUUCCUCUAGGGAACAAUGACGAGGUGGGGAUCUGAGAACUGUCAUAAAUAAUGCCAUAAAUCAUAAGAAAAUAAAAGACAAAGUGGAUUUUUUUUAGUUAUUUCACAACAUUUGAAAAACCCUGACAUGAACAUAUACAACAUUUUUUCCCAAUUGUUACUAAUAUUGGAAAAUAAAUGGUGACUCUACACCCUGCAGAUGCUUUUCUACUUCCAUUUUUAAUGUUAGACUGUACUUGUGUCCACUCAGCCUGCAGUUCAGCCAAAUCCUCUGAGUUCUGAUCACAUGACUGCGGCUCACAGCAGAAACACUAAUGACUUUAAAACUGCAACAAGGAAUGCAGAGCUUUAGUGUUUGUUUCACAGAAUUUAUGUAGAAUGAAGUCAUUUUGGUGAAGAGUCUUCAUCUUAACAGCAGAGAUGGUUACUUCAAGGACCGCUGGAAAAUUCAACAUCCAACAGUUCUUUCUGUUUUUGCAGUUUCUAGCUCAGAUAAAUUGUAUUUUUUUUUAAAGAGUUCAGGGGGUUGAACAACAGAUGUAAAACAGUGUGCUCAUCAGUCAGCUAAAGGGCCACAUGCUGCAAUAAACGGGCCAAAGUCAACAGUCUGGUAUUAAAAUGAAUUAAUUCAUAAACAUUCCUGGACACCUCUCAACGUCAAAGCAAUAAUGUGGUAACAGGGCCUUCUAAAUUAUUCUGGAGUUUGUAUUUUAUUUUCAGAGAAUAACUUGCCGUGGCUGGUUUUAUGUUUUGAGAACACAUCUGCACCUACGGUUAACUGAUGUUGGCGUUUUGAUGAUUUAGUUUUCUGUUUGGUUCUUUGCCAUCAUGUAACAUCUUUUUUAAAUGCUUAGAAAUUUGCCAUUUUUGAGCAGACACACAUGUAAAGAAUAAUAUGUACUGGUUGGAAAACCUGUGGCAUCUGGUUGUUGGGCAACCAUGUAAGUUUUAUAUUUGUAAAAAGAAAUUACAAAUUUAUGGAGGGCUAUUCUCAUAUUCCACUGUAGAGAAUUGGGGGUUUUGUACAUAAAGGUGUGAAAUGAAAGCCCGCAUACAUAUGAGUUGACUAAUUAUUUUGCUAUUGCAGAUGUCUUAUUAAACACACAGAUAAUAACAUUUACUCUGUGUAACAAUCAUUUACUUUUCUUAGAAUAAUUACAGUGUUGUAAGGACAUUUGUAGUUUUUUGUUGUGUUUUUUGCUUACAGCCACUAUGAGAAUAGGACUUCUCUUUCCUGACCCUGUAAACAUCUCACUAACGUUGUUGUUUGUAAAUGAGUGACUUUAAUGAAUAACUGCUGAUGGAUAUGUGUGCAGAAAGAUGCAGGAAACCACUGAGAGACUGCAGGUGGACGUUAGCUAAAUCUGGUGGAUCUGUUUUGUGCAUGGUUCAUAAUAAACAAAUGCAAUAAAGUAAUCCUGAAUUAUGUCAAA